AUGGCUCAAAUUCAUUUUUUUUAUAUUUCUAACCUUAAAAAUGAACUUCAUUAUUAUGGAAAAGAGUUAUCUGAAAGUGAACUACAUGAUAGUGCAUUAGCUUUAACUACUUAUGCUGAUAUGGAAAAUAAUAGUAUGGGACCAGAACAAAAUGAAGAUGUUUUGGAAUCUGCUCAAUCGAAUAAUAACAGACUUGCAAUUGGCCUAAUAGUCAAUUUUUCACAUACAAAUUUUGGUGGGCAAGAUAAUGCUGAAAAAUUAUCUUAUACAACACAAAGAAGUGGCAAUAUGGAAUUCGAUCCUGUAGUAAUUGUAGAAAGGGAAUUUCAAUUUGUUAAUGAUGAUUUAUUAUAA